CACCCAGGCGGUGUGUGCGCCCCUGCGCGGAACUGCUGUGAGAUCUGCGCUCCUUCAGCGGCACAGUGCCGUGAACGGCUGACCGCAGCUCCUGCAAAAACGUGGGUGCAAGAAUGAGAGCGGGAUUCCUCUCCAUCAGAAGAACCUGAUCGUAUGGACAAAUCAUCCCUCGCUCUUCUCUAAACACAACGAUGGCGAUUGACUGUGCAGCGCUGCGGACACGAUUCGUCGUGGCUCUUUUUACAUUCGUGGCACUGUGGGGAUUUACGCUCUCCAUCACGCGGUACUCCAUACCGGAGGAAAUGGAAGAGGGGUCCUUUGUUGCAAAUUUGGCGGCAGACCUGGGUCUGGAUGUCCGCAGUCUGGAGGAGCGCAACGCGAAGCUCGAUGUCAUCCACGGGAAAAAUUACCUCGACCUCAACAAAGACACGGGGGAGUUGAUCAUCCGCGAGAAGAUGGACAGGGAGGUUAUAUGCAUGACGAAAACGACCUCAUGCUUUCUAAAAAUGGAAGUCAUACUUUCAAACCCGGUUCGCAUUUUCAACAUUGAGCUGGAGAUUUUGGACAUCAAUGACAACGCGCCCCUGUUUCGCAGGAAGACAAUGCACUUGGACGUUUCUGAGGCAACCCCUCCUGGUGAGAGAUUUUCGCUGACGAACGCCGUGGAUGCGGAUGUGGGAGCCAAUUCAAUCAAGACUUACUACCUGAGUGAGAGCAAAUACUUCGGCAUUGACAUUCAAACCGGCAGCGAUGGCUCUAAAUAUGUCGAUCUGGUCCUCAAGGGCAAGUUGGACAGAGAAGAGCAUGCGGUUCAUAAUUUGAUUUUAACCGCUGUGGAUGGAGGGGUGCCUCCCCGCUCCGGCACCGCCAGCAUCAUUGUUAAUGUCCUGGAUAUCAAUGACAACGCCCCCCUGUUCAUUCAGCCGGUAUUUGCAGUCAAUGUCUCAGAAAACUCGGCACCAGGGACAGUAGUCAUGAUCCUUAACGCAACAGAUUUGGAUGAAGGCUCCAACGCUGAGCUGAUCUACUCCUAUACACUUUAUACCUCUGAGAAAACGCAGGAGAUUUUUUCUCUCGAUCCAAACUCAGGUGAGAUCAAAGUGAAGGGGGUGAUCGAUUAUGAAGCCAGUCAAAGUUUCGACAUGUACAUCCAGGCUCAGGACAGGGGGUCCACACCCCUGUCAGGACACUGCAAGGUGAUGGUGUUUGUCACAGACCUGAAUGAUAACCACCCAGAGGUUACCAUCAAAUCCUUGAAAAGAGCGGUAGCAGAGGAUGUCUCUGUAGGAACCUUGAUUGCAGUCGUCAGUGUCAGCGACAAAGAUUCUGGAAUGAACGGAAUAGUGGACCUCACCCUAAACCAGCAGGAUAUCUUGCCAUUCCUCCUGAACAAGUCUUCAGAAGACUACUUUGAGUUGCUGGUGUCGAAGCCACUGGACAGAGAGGUCAUGAGUAAAUAUGAAAUAGUAUUAAGAGUAAGAGACAGAGGUUUCCCCCCUUUAUCAGAUAAUGAGACCAUUACACUGGAGAUUUUGGAUGUCAACGACAAUGCUCCCACCUUCUCUCAAUCUAUCUUCACAAUCCACGUGAUGGAGAACAAUCCACCAGGCGCAAUUUUGACAUCUCUAAGUGCAUUUGACCCUGAUCUCAAUGAGAACCAGUAUUUGGUGUAUGUUAUAAUGGAGAAAGAAAUUGUUAACAUGUCAAUGUCCAUGCUGUUUUCCAUCAACCCUGAAAACGGGGAUCUUUAUGGAAUGAAGACCUUUGAUUAUGAGAGAGAAAGGGAGUUCUUGUUCCACAUUGAAGCAAGAGACUCUGGCAAUCCCCCACUAAGCAGCAACACAACUGUUCAUAUUAUCAUCCUGGACCAAAAUGAUAACACUCCUCAAAUUGUGUCACCUUGGCGAGCGCAGGGGUCCUUGGUGGAGGAGGUGAUACCUAGAUCCAUAGAAAAGGGCCACAUGGUUGCCAAGGUAGUUGCUGUGGAUUCAGAUUCAGAGCAGAAUGCCAGGGUCACGUACCAGCUCCUGCAGAUCAGCGACUCAUCCCUCUUUAGCCUGGAUCAGUAUAAUGGUGAAAUUCGAACAACAAGAAUGUUUACCUACAGAGACCCAAGGCAACAAAGGCUGGUUGUUAUUGCCAAAGACAAUGGUGAACCUUCACUCUCUGCUACUGUCACCAUCAAGAUAUCAACAGUGGAACAUGCCAUGCCCUUCUCGGAAACAACAGAGUUACCUAUAGAGUAUGACGUCUUCACAAACCUAAAUCUUUACUUGGUGAUUGGUUUGGGAGCUGUGUCAUUUCUGCUGCUGAUAACCAUUUUGGUUAUUAUUGUCCUCAAGUGUCAAAAGCCAAAGCCAAAGGCCAUCAAGAUCCCCCCAGCCAAUAGAAACAGUGUGGUCAGCAGGAACAGCGUGAUCAGUCAGAGAAGCUCCACCAUUGCUGACUCCACCCUGAUCUCUAGUGAUGCCUACUGGUAUAGCUUGUUCCUUGCAGAGACCAGGAAGGGUAAAGUGGUGGUUCGACAGCCGAUAAUUCCUAAAGGUGCCGGCUAUUUUGUAUCCAGCAUACCAAGGAGCAUAGGUCCCAGCGAAGCCGCAGACUCCAGAGCAUCCACGCUGGAGUACUCAAAAUGAAAGGAAGUCCAUUCUACAACUGGAGGAUCCCAGAAGACAGCUGCGGUGAUAGAAUCCUCUCUUCGCAAAACUCUCUGGCUGAAACUUUACCGUGACUCACAAAGAAGAUUUCAAACUGUUGUCCUCCCUCACUGCCUCCUCUGCAGCUCAUGGUUCCCUCCGGUUCCGGCGAUCCCACACACUGACGUCACCUUGGAUUUUCUAUCAUUGUAAUCCCUGAAGCAUGAAUCUGCAUGGUUCUUCCUCAAGUUAUUUGGACUACUAAUCUUUUAAAUCAGGACAUCUGGAUAUUUCUAAAGAGUCUCUUUUAGCAAAUAACUUUACGCUUCAAUGUCUCAUUGGAUAAAUUCUGUCUAUUCUCCAGGGAUCAUGUGAUGUGCUGUAGAUCUAGAAGCCAUCAGUAUUUCACUUUGUGCUUACCUUGCCAUCGUGCUACUUUCGUUUUUUUUUUUAUACAAGAGUUGAAAACACGCCUAUAAACAACUAUGUGAAUCAGGGUAAACAUGCUUCUUCCACUGAUCGUUAAAAAAAAAUCCUGAACUGUAGCUGGUUUUGUUCUGGAUUCAAAUCAUUGAGUGUAAAUGAGAAAGGGACUGAGUGAACCCUCCCUCCUCACAUUCCAAACAGGAAGUACCCGCUGGUUUUGAGAAGCCAAAAUCCCAUAGAAAUUGUGAAAUCAAAAUGGUGCGUUCGUUCAUUUACAGUAGGUAGUAUUAUCUGAUAAAAAAACAAUAUCUAUCAUUUUGUAUUACGGGUAGGAAUAUUUCACAAAGUGGGAUAGAUAGAACCGCGGAUAAAGUCAUUGUUUUUAUGGAUGACAUCACACUCAGUCCAGUUCUCUUAUACAGUCAAUGACUCAGACCCUGCACAUGGUGCUUUUAAUAUUUUCAGGAAGACUUCCUAACAAUAACCAACAGUGAUUCCGUUUGUAUUUAUUUUGUGUUCAACCAGUUCUGAAUGUUUUGACAAAAAAGAAUGAAAGACAACUGCGAAAUGCAAACAAAAAAUACUUUUUUUUUACAUCAUAGAAAAUGUAGUUCUGUAGAUGAGGUCAGAGAGGCAAAACGAGUUUAAAGGACAGAAGUGGGAUCCAUUUCUCAGCGUAAUAGACAUCAGUUGCACUAUAGUAUUUAAUAACAGCGUCAAAUCAAAUCUGGUUUACAUUUGUGGAUGCUUAGCCUUUCUGCUCUUGUGGAUGGGAGAGGGAGGCAUGUGUCAAACACAAGGUGGCAAAAGUUUAAGGCACUCCAACAUAAUGGAAAAAAGCAUUAGGUUUAGGGUCAAACAUCAAUUCCGUUUUUUCUGUAAAGAAACUCUUACUUACUAUAAGCUAUUUUCUAAAAUCUAGUAAAAUCUUUAUUCACUCAAAAAAAAGUCAGGUGCAAGUUUUAGAGAUAAUUGGAAAAAAAAUAAUCUUAAUAAAAUAAUAUAAAAUGUAUUUAUUGUUGCCAAUUGACAGGAGGAAACAGUUGUGCUUGUACAUUUACAUAUUCUACCAGAGAACGCGAGAACUGGACAGAUAAAGCAAAAAAGUAAUGUCUAAAAUACAACUGUGCAUGUUCAACCGGAUUAAGUAAUUAUCCAUAUUUACCUUUAGCAUGGAAUUAAGGAUAUUUAUUAUUAUUGUAGCCAUUUACUGUGUAUAAUUUGAGUAAGUUGGUCAUGUGAAAUUCCUGCCCAUUUCUUCCAGCGCUGGCCACUGCAGAGGGAGAAAACAGCUGCCAAAAUGAUCUAUUCAAAAUUCACAAAUUCUGCCUUAGCUUUUGAAAAUAAAUUGACAAAGUAUAAAGAAACUCCUCUAGAAAAGAAAUUAUUAUAAUCACUUUGGGUUAGUUUUGCUUAAUAAGUUUAUAAUUCUUUAAAAAAUGUGUUCUAACUAGUAUCUAUCUAUCUCUGCCAGGGCACGUAAAGUUACAAGCACAACUGGGCAAUAUGUGGUUUUAUAAAUAUUACUGUUUUAUAUAUCUAAAUUUUAUGUUUUAAAUUUAAUUGCUGCUUUUGUGAGCUUCUUUAAGGGCAUUUUGUGUUACGUAUUUGUGUUGUGGUGCGUAUGACGUUAUUUUGAGGGUGUACGUAACUUCAAACAGAAUGGAACAAGAGUCUUGACCUGGAAGAAAGUGACCGCUUUCGGAACCAGGACUUUAAUUAGUCUGAGACAAGGGGCUUACUCAAAGCUCUUAUUAGGGUGCUUAAUGAUAAAAGUUAAUGUCAAGAGGCUGGGAGAAAGGAUUAUGAAAAGAACAACAGUGUUAGUUACGGCUACAGUACUCUAAUGCUGACUCUGCAUACAGUGUAAAAUAUUUAUUAAGCAAAUGACAGCACUUUUAAUUCACUGUGUGUGAAUGGAGUAUUGCCUAGUGCACUCUGAGUCAGUGAAAUGUAACCUCCCCUUUCUUCUGUCUAGGUCUUUCUAGGCUUUCCACCUUAAAUAACUAUCUGUUAGACUGAAGAUGUAAGGUGAGGAGGGAUAUCUUGCUGUGAAGUACAUAAGACGUGUGCAGUUCCUGCCAGAACAUAUAGAUUCCAACAGUGUUUUCAGGUUUCCCAGAUUGCACAUACGAUGAGCUCCUUGCGUGCCUUCUGCAUUGCAAAAGAUGACUGUUGACAGCUGAAAUAAUGGUGUUUCCUUUAGCAUAACAAACAUUGAAGUUCCUCCCCGAUGAUGUAGUUUCUAGAACUGCUUAUUGCGAGGGGCCUUUUUGGAGUCGGAACAGAUUGUGUUCGGCUAAAAAAACCAAGAGAGGCAUUCGUUGUAAAUCGAAACUGCUUUCUAUUUUGUGUUUUUAUACGGUAGACCUUUUUGAUAUCUUCUGUAUUCACUGUGAUGGGAGUGGCACAGGCGGUGCUGCUUUCGGUUUAGUCAAAGUGAGUUGUUUCUCAUUUGUGUCAGGUUUUUUCGUUUUUCCACAAAUACUCUGCCAGACUGUAGUGCACGCUUUGAGAGUUUCAUCAAAGUGUUCUCCACUUCCACUCACGACAUUAAUGUGCGGCUGGGAACGGUCUGGCUUUAUUUUCAAGUCUAGUUAAUUGACAGAUUUUGAUGUUGCUUAUUUGGCUUAAAUGUACUGCCUGAUCAUGCUAGAUGGCUAGUUUGAAUAAAGCUUUUUAAUCCAUUC